UUUCUAGGCAGCGAAUAGUACGUAACGAUACCAACACAGCGCGUUCGCGUCAAAACGGACAUUUUCGCUUGCAUUCUUGACGUUUAGACAUUUCCCGACCCACGAGACCAUAGCCUACAGAGUUGUCUCCUCACAACUUCCUGUCAGCCGAACAAUAGGGCCCAAGAGCUCAUGACAAAGUUUUCAGCCUCUCACAGCGCUCAUCGUCCAUACGGCCGUCUUCUUCGCUCCAAGGUCUGGCCGCGGAAAUUCUCGAUUCCCGCCACUUCAACUUCAACACGACGGGCAGACAGGCGGACGACUCACGAGGGCUUCGUGCCGGCUACCUCGUCUGUUCUCUUCAACUAAUAGCCCACGAGACAAGCAGCGACAAAGACACCCCUUCCCUCAACACUUUUCCGCUAAAUUCCCUUGGUGGUCCGAUGUAAUCCCCCAAAGACAGAUCGCAACAGAGAUUGUGUAGCCUCUGCUUCCCACAGAACAGGGGAAAGUUCCACCUCUGUUCAGUUACACUGUUUUGGAUACUUUGGCGUUCUCUUUUCAUCUUUCAAUAACAUUACAUUUUGCCUCAAAAGACUUCAUAUUCAAAUCAUUGUUCAUCGCCUGCGCCUGUUCCGGCAUCGACUAAUUUUACUUUGGAACCAUCCCCACUCCAUCAUCUUCCUCCUAUAUAAAUCUCUCAUCGCCUCUUUUAGCUUCCGAUCCGGAGGCCGGAGAGCCGCCAAUAUCGAUCCGGCUCUCCUCAUCUUCUCGGAAAUGCAAAUUGUGUGCGACUGUCUCCCAUCUUCCGGGUUUGCCCCGAGACAUAAUAGGAAACGUGGAAAAAGAGAUGGGGGAAAGAAAAGGGGACUUCAGCGUUUGCACGGUUGCAGACUAGCUUUAGAUUCCUCGCUGUCUGUUUUGUUAAUAUAGUUAUUGCAACAUUCCGUUUCGGUCGCCUGUAGUGUGAAUACUGGAUUUGUUUGUCCCCUGAUUUUUCCAGAGCUCUCAUACUUUGAUUCCAGCAUUGUUUUGUCAUGCUGUGAUAAUAUGAUAUUUCAGCUUGGUGGUUUACUGUACGAUUAAUCGUUACAGCGUUGUGACACGAUAUCCCCAGUCACACUUCUCUCCCGACACCUAACGUCGGCCCCGGUGCGGUCCAGUGUCAGUUUUAAAGUUUAUUUUUCUGUCAAUGUAGAAGUUUGACAGGCUUCGUUUCACCAACGUUCAUUGAUGUACGUUUUAUUCGAGCAGUGAUGUGAAUGAUUAAGUAAGAGCAUUUAUGUCACGCCUGUACUGCUGAAAGCCUAAACGUACGUUUAUGAACGUUAUACUACGAUUUGUAGAAGUAUUUCUCAACAGUAGCUGCAGUUUGCAGAAGUUUGCUAUAGUCGACUCCUUUUCUCAACUGUUAGUACAGUCUGCUUUCGUGGACGGACUUAUAAAACUGCGCUUUUGACUUCAACGUCGUAUGCAGAAACCUGGCUUUGUGUAUAUUGGAGACAGACGAUUUUGUGUAUGAUUUCAACUCAAUAUUUGCCUGAUGAAAUCGUUCUCUGAGGCUCUGCCAACACCACAGGAGCCCGUCUCUCCACGACAAGAUAACCGGACGUAAUUAGGCGUUGUAGCCUUAGCCCAGGUCACCGCCUCCCCCCGGCCGCGAGCCCAACGUGUCUCGCUGACCCGUCAACUGGGAUCAUUAGCAGCUGUGCUAGGUUGGCAUUUUACUGACCUUUUUCGACCCCGUCCAAACGCCCAAGGCACUACUCUUCAACACUCGGCAGCUUCGGUACCCCUGGCCGCUCAUUUUUUUAGGGUUGUUCUCGUUUGUUUUGUUUCGUUAAUUUGUCAAGCUUAAGGUAUAUGGGUAUAUAUUUGAAAGGUAUAUUAAAAAGAAUUAACACGGGAUCAUUGAAUAAAGACUGUAACUGAUUCACUUGAAAGUUUUAAAAAUUGAGAGAACUGGGGAAAGAAACUGUGUAGUUCCAAAGAGAAAGAGAGUGAACCAAGAGCUAGAUGUUGCACUGUGAGUGCACAUUACAUGUUUCAGAGAAUCCUUCUCCUUUGCUGUCUUUUAACAUCUUCUACAUCUGCAGAGAGUAUUUAAGAAGUGUCGUUGUUUUAUUUCUAUUUUUAUAGGAUUUCUCUGGUUUGUCGAAAAAAAAACCCUGUAAGACUUCUACAGACACUUAUUUCGUAGGAUUGUUUUUGUUUGUUUUGUUGUUUUUUCUCGUCUCGUGUUCCUCACUGGUCGAACGACAUCAUCCCUUUUAGCGAGCGAGAGAAAGAGAGAGAGAGAGAGAGAGAGAGAAUUGUGCUAUGCCACGACUUCUCCGCUGAGGACACGGCCUUUCGUGGACAAAUCUAGAGCCCGAUCCUCGGCAGUUGCGGACUCGUUAAGAAGUUGACAGGAACAGUCUCAGUCUCCCCCGAUCGCUGAAUUGAUUUUCCUCUCGGGAGCAGAAACGGCAACGCUGCUGGACAAGAGGGGGUCUGGAAGUGGACUAGAGGAGGAGCCAUCAACAGCGAGGCAAACCACUGAGGCCUUGUCUAGAGACAGAAGACAGCUACAGAGAGACGAGAACUCGCCCCAAGUGACUCCACGAGUUCUGACCCGCGCUUAUAUAAAUGGUGCAAUAAAUCUGCACCGCCUUCGUACACUCUUCUAUCAGUUCACGACUUCCUACCAUCUGUCGAUCAAUGCAGCAACCGUGAUCUCCUCACGGCUGACAAUACUUACAUCAGCAGAAAGCAGACCACGGAUCUCACCGCCUACUUUUCGUUGUUGGCCUCAAACGUAAUCGAUCCAUUUGUUUACGUUUAAUUGGCGCUCCUGAUCUACGUGACGUGUUUAUUUGCUGAUAAGAUACUUGAAACAACGUAAUUACAUCGCUUUUUAGCCACCUGUGGGUGUAGAAAGCAGACCAUAGUUCCUCAGCUCCCACACACCCCAUUCUUAGGACUCGCCAGCUUUUCUUUGAAUUAGAUUUGUGUGACUUUAUGAAAACCUGUUAGGUUGAGAAACCAGCGGUUCGGGUCGCUGAUAGCUCUUACGUCUACCUACCAAGUUUAAAUCAGGUUGGUCUAUCGCGCACUGCAGAUGUGAUCCUUGGAGAAACUUUGCGAUCGAUUUCUGGUCGACGUUCAUGCUUGGAGAGGCGCCCAUCUGUGCCGCAGUUCGAUUUUAUUAAAUCAACGCCAGUCCGGGAAGUGGAAACUACAGUUUUGUCAGAGCCGAUCGCUACUGGGAUAGGAAAGCGGGGAAAAGAAGAGCCAACCCAGAACCGUCGCCUCGGGGAAGCUGCACUCCGUUUUAUGUCUUUCUGCUUGAUCGACGGAAAAAAGCAAGCCCAAACGGUUCGUGUAUAUGUGAUUGUGUCCGAUUGUUGGGUUGUAUUUGAGAUUGUCCUUCGCGUGUCGUUUUUUUCCGUACCAUAGGAAGGGCAUUGCUUGCUGUGCACAGUCGCUUCGUUACUGACGGAAUUCACGCUCCGAGUGACUUUCACUGAGUUUCAUCAACGCAGAUUGAAUUUUUACCUCGUAUUUUUAUACAGUAUCAGCGUGUGUGUACCAAAUUGUUUUCUUCCUUUUCUCUACCUCUAAUAUUGAUGAGGUUUGCAGUUCAGUUGGAGUAUACAAUUCGCCACUGCGUCUUGUGACUUGGACGUCGAGUUUUCAAAUCUCUUCGUUCCUGAAGGUGCUGCUAGAAAGUGGUUCCCCAUUUUGUUGUGAUGUUUGAUUCUUUGAUCGAACAUUUGUUCAGCCUAACCCUGCACUGUUUUAUAUAAAAUUAGUUAUUGAGUUUUGCUGUGUAUGAGUCAGCGUUUUUAUUGUGGGCCUUACGGAUUUUUUUCAAACGCUGGAACCUAAAGGAGCUCUUGUUUUAAUGUUCAGAUCCCUGCUGGAAGAAAAGAUUUUUACGCCUGUUUCGUUCAAAAGAUUUCUGUGAUGUUUCAGAGGAGCAGCGGGCUGUCCUAGCUGUAGUAGUUAGGUGAUGGGCAGCGGCCCGUCCGUUCAGAUCGUGAUGGUCGGGCUGGAGGGCACGGGGAAGACCACCCUCCUCUACCGCCUCAAGUUCGGGCAGUACACCAGCACCAUCCCCACUAUCGGCUUCAACUGCGAGAAGGUCGAAGUCGAAGAGGGCAAGGCCAAAGGCGUGACCUUCACCAUAUGGGAUAUCGGCGGUAAAGACAACAUGCGGCCGCUGUGGAAGUCCUACCUCCGCUCGGCCAACGGGAUUCUGUUCGUGGUGGACAGCAGUGACCACGAAGGGGCGGAGGAGGCGAGGAUGGAGCUGAGCAAGCUGGUGAAGACCCAGAACCCCACCAACAUCCCGACUCUGGUGGUGGCCAACAAGCAGGACCUGCCCGACUCCAUGUCGCCCGAGGAGGUGGCCAAGGCGGUCGGGGUCAGUGAACUCUCUGCCACGCAUGUGUGCCAGCUACUUCCGUCAUGCGCGGUGACGGGGGAGGGUCUGUCUGAGGCCAUGGACGCUAUGUACGAGAUGAUAAAGAAGUGGAAGAAGGGGAAGCAUAAAAAUAGAUAGCGAUGGAUGGAUUCCUUAGACAUAUUAUUAAUAUUAUGUGUGUUUGUGUGUGUUUUUAGAGAGAGAGA